AGCGAACGCUGCAUGCAUGCCACAUUAUGACCGAAGAAUAGAAUCUUCGGUCAACGCUGUAUGUGAAUGAUCGUAAACGAAAAAGUACGGUUGGAAUUAAAAGAGGCUCAAAAGUGUCCCAAGGGAGGAAGGAAGGAAGAAAAAAUAUCAUGUGAACGCUGAUAAAAUAGCUAUAAAAUGUCCACGGCAUUGAGUGGGAAGAACUUACUGCGUCCAACGGGACUACAGAGCAAAAAUUUACACGAAUAUCUGAAGACUAGGCCGGCAGAAACGUUGAAAAAACUUUACCACAACCCUCCAAUUUGCCUCGCCGUUUUUCGUGAACUCCCGGAGAUCGCUAGACAUUAUGUUAUGCGUUUAUUGUUUGUCGAACAACCUGUUCCACAGGCUGUCAUAGCCUCCUGGUGUUCUAAGCUACAUACAGAUGAGCACCAAAAAGUCGUCAAAAUUCUCAACGAGCUCAAUAUCUGGAGGGAAGCUUCGAUUCCCGGUGGGCUUCCAGGAUGGAUCUUGAACUCUACGUUAAAAAAAAACCUCAAGGUCGUUCUACUUGGAGGCGGCAAACCCUGGACCAUGUCAAGCCAGUUAGAAACCGACAACAAACCUCGUGACGUUACUUUCCUUGAUCAAUACGCCCUUGAAAGGUGGGAAUGCGUUCUGCACUACAUGGUUGGCUCCCAGCAGCAAGAAGGUAUAUCCGCCGAUGCAGUUCGAAUUUUACUACACGCUGGGUUGAUGAAACGAGAUGAGGACGAUGGCAGUCCAGUGAUAACUCAGGCUGGAUUCCAAUUUUUGCUUCUAGACACUGCGUCCCAGGUCUGGUACUUUAUCCUGCAAUAUUUAGACACCAUAGAAGCCAGAGGGCUGGACCUGGUUGACUGUUUGACGUUCCUAUUUCAGCUGAAUUUUUCUACAUUAGGUAAGGAUUACAGCACAGAAGGGAUGUCUGAGGGAUUACUGACGUUUCUGCAACACUUGAGAGAGUUUGGUCUUGUCUAUCAAAGAAAACGUAAGGCUGGCAGGUUCUAUCCAACAAGAUUGGCGUUGAAUAUUGCCACAGGUCAAAACAAGCCACUUUCCAGUGACCUUGAGAAGGAGGGAUACAUCAUUGUUGAAACAAACUACAGAGUCUACGCAUACACCAACUCGAAUCUUCAAGUUGCUUUACUGGGACUUUUCUGUGAAAUGCUUUACAGAUUUCCAAAUUUAGUUGUGUCCAUUUUGACAAGGGAUUCUGUUCGGCAAGCUCUAAAGAGUGGAAUCACAGCUGAACAAAUUGUCGGGUAUCUGCAGCAGCACGCGCAUCCCAAAAUGAUAGCGAUGGGACCACCCGUUUUACCACCUACAAUCGUAGACCAAAUAAAAUUGUGGGAAAAUGAAAGGAACCGAUUUGUCUUUGGAGAAGGUGUUCUUUACAGUCAGUUUUUAUCGCAGACUGACUUUGAAAUGCUUAGAGAUCACGCGCUGACGACGCAAGUUCUCAUCUGGCAAAGCGAUAGAAAACGAACGAUGGUCGUGACCAAGGCAGGGCACGAUGAUGUGAAAAAAUUCUGGAAGCGAUAUUCCAAAGGAGGCGCAUGACGCCAGGUUUUGAGUUGCUACUAGCUAGUUAUUUUUUAUAUGUAUUUAGCUACGAUUGAAUUCUCUGAAUUCUUUGUCGAUGAUAGAAUAAAAUAUUUGUAACAAA